UCCCCGCUCGCUACUGCAUUGAUGCUACUGCCUCCCUCAGUGAUGAUGUCACAGGCUCAGCCCAGCUCAGCAUCCCUUGCCGUAGGAAGACAUCAGAGCCAUUUUGGCUUUUGGACCACGGCACAUUCAAGCCCCCGUUAUCCCUGAACAACCCUGUGCCCCCCUCCAUCACCACCAGGCCUCCCAAGGCAAGUUUAACCACUCCAGGACCGAUUCUGCCUGGAGUUCCGCUACGAAGGAGAGGGGAAAAGGGGGGGAUCCUCUUCCUGGAGGAGAGUGAAACGGAGAGGCUGACCUGGACCACAGCAGACCGUGGAAACCAGAGGAGUUACAGGCAUACUGUAAAAAGACAGUCUAAUCGGAGGGUCUCUCGCGCUAAAGGUGCAGGUAACCUUCUUUGCUGCUGAAAGCCGGGGAGUGAGAGAUAGUGAAAGAGAGAGCACAGGCACAGAGGCUGCGGGGCAGGAGGCGCCAUGGCAGGGGCCUCAGUGAAGGUGGCGGUGCGGGUACGCCCCUUCAACUCACGGGAGAUGGGCAAGGACAGCAAGUGCAUCAUCCAGAUGUCUGGCAACACCACCACAAUCAUCAAUCCCAAAGCUCCCAAAGAGACCAAGAGUUUCAAAUUUGACUACUCUUACUGGUCCCACACAUCGCCGGAGGACAUCAACUAUGCGUCCCAGAAGCAGGUGUUCAGAGAUAUCGGGGAGGAGAUGCUGCUCCAUGCCUUCGAGGGCUACAACGUCUGCAUCUUCGCCUACGGGCAGACGGGAUCUGGCAAAUCCUACACCAUGAUGGGGAGACAAGACCAGCAAGACCAGCAAGGCAUUAUCCCUCUGCUGUGCGAAGACUUGUUCACCAAGAUUAAUGACAACAAUGACAACAGCAUGUCCUACUCCGUGGAGGUGAGCUACAUGGAGAUCUACUGUGAGCGUGUGCGUGACCUGCUGAAUCCCAAAAACAAGGGCAACCUGCGAGUGAGAGAGCACCCCCUUCUCGGCCCGUAUGUGGAGGACCUGUCCAAAUUGGCCGUCAUUUCCUACACCGACAUUCAGGACCUGAUGGACUCGGGAAACAAGGCUAGGACUGUGGCGGCCACCAACAUGAACGAAACAAGCAGCCGGUCGCACGCUGUCUUCAACAUCAUCUUCACCCAGAAGCGACAUGACUCCGAGAGCGACAACACCUCCGAGAAGGUCAGCAAAAUCAGCCUGGUGGAUCUGGCCGGCAGCGAGAGGGCAGACUCCACGGGGGCCAAAGGCACCAGACUGAAGGAAGGAGCAAAUAUCAACAAAUCCCUCACCACACUGGGGAAGGUCAUAUCAGGCUUGGCAGAGCUGGCCUCUGCGUCAAACAAGAACAAGAAAAAGAAGAAGGUGGAGGCUCACAUCCCCUACAGAGACUCCGUGCUGACAUGGCUGCUGAGGGAGAACCUGGGUGGUAACUCUCGCACCGCCAUGGUGGCUGCCCUCAGCCCAGCAGACAUCAACUAUGAUGAGACUCUCAGCACCCUCAGGUAUGCUGACCGUGCUAAGCAGAUCCAGUGCAACGCCGUCAUCAACGAGGACCCCAACAACCGGCUGGUGAGAGAGCUGAAGGAGGAGGUGGGGCGCCUCAGAGACCUCCUGUACGCCCAGGGCCUCGGAGACAUCAUCGAGACAUAUCGGGGGCCAGACACAGAGAUGGCUGGUUUGACAUACAUAUCCGAUCACAAGAACAAUAACAAUAGUGGGCAAGCUGUCAAUCAAAGAGGUGAUCUCUCCACAGUGACCAAUGCCAUGACUGGGAUGAGUCCGUCCCCGUCUCUCUCCGCCCUGUCCAGCCGUGCUGGCUCUGUUGCCAGCCUUGCCGACCGCAUCAUGUUCAGCCCCGGCAGCGAGGAGGCCAUUGAGAGGCUGAAGGAAACUGAGAAAAUCAUAGCUGAGCUCAAUGAGACCUGGGAGGAGAAGCUUCGCCGCACAGAGGCCAUCCGCAUGGAACGUGAGGCCCUGCUGGCUGAGAUGGGUGUGGCCAUGAGGGAAGAUGGUGGCACCGUCGGCGUGUUCUCACCCAAGAAGACUCCUCAUCUGGUGAACCUGAAUGAAGAUCCUUUGAUGUCUGAGUGCCUCCUAUACUAUAUCAAAGAUGGAAUAACAAGGGUUGGUCGUGUGGACGCAUGUAGCCGUCAGGACAUUGUUCUCAGUGGCCACUUCAUCAAGGAUGAGCACUGCAUUUUCACCUGUGCAACUGACCCCAAUGGAGAAGCAGUGAUCCUGGAGCCUUGUGAGGACGCUGAGACAUACGUCAACGGGAAGAGGGUGACUGAGCCCACAGUUCUCAGAUCAGGAAACCGCAUCAUUCUGGGUAAGAGCCACGUGUUCCGCUUCAACCACCCGGAGCAGGCGCGUCAGGAGCGGGAACGCACGCCCUGCGCUGAGACCCCCAUGGAGCCUGUGGACUGGGCCUUCGCUCAGAGGGAGCUGCUGGAUAAACAGGGCAUUGACAUGAAGCACGAGAUGGACCAGAGGCUGCAGGAGCUGGAGGAGCAGUACCGGCGGGAGAGAGAGGAGACCAACAACCUCCUGGAGCAGCAGAGGCUGGACUAUGAGAGCAAGCUGGAGGCCCUCCAGAAGCAGGUGGACCGAUGUUACCCUGACGCGGCAGAGGAAGAGGAUGAGCCUGAAGAGGAAGUGCAAUGGACAGAACGUGAGACAGAGAUGGCCUUAUGGGCCUUCCGCAAGUGGCGGUGUUACCAGUUCACCUCCCUCAGGGACCUUCUGUGGGGCAAUGCCAUCUUCCUCAAAGAAGCGAACGCCAUUAGUGUUGAGCUGAAAAAGAAGGUUCAGUUCCAGUUUGUGCUGCUGACAGACACUCUGUACUCCCCUUUGCCUCCGGACCUGCUGUCUCCUGAGGCGGCCAAAGAUCGGGAGAAACGCCCCUUCCCCAGAACCAUAGUGGCCGUGGAGGUGCAGGACCAGAAGAAUGGAGCCACUCACUACUGGACCCUGGAGAAACUUAGGCAACGGUUGGAACUGAUGAGGGAGAUGUAUGAUCGGGCCGCAGAGGUCCCUAGCCCUGCUCUGGAGGACUGCGACAGUGCCAUGACGGGUGGCGACCCCUUCUACGACCGCUUCCCCUGGUUCCGUCUGGUGGGAAGAAACCCCAUCUUCCACGCAUGCAUGAGUCAGCGUAUGAGCGAGCCCACCCCUUCUCCCACCCUCUCCAACCCCAGCUCGGACAUAACCGAGCUGGCUGACCCCUGGCGCCGGGGGUGGAGGGUGGAGGAGGAGGGGAUGGAGGAGUUGGAAGACCUGGACGAUGAUGAUGAUGAUGAUGAUGAUGAUAUCUUUUUGGACGACCCAUCCUCGGAGCUGGGGGGAGAGGAUGAUGAUGGUGAUGGUGAUGAGGAGGUGGAGGAGGAGGAGGAGAGGGCGCUGUGCCCGCGCUCCGGCGAAGGCCCGGACCCUUUUUACGACCGCUCGCCCAUAUUCAGUGUAGUGGGAAGGGCCUUUGUGUAUCUGAGUAAUCUGCUGUACCCUGUGCCUCUGGUGCACCGCGUGGCCAUUGUCAGUGAGAAGGGCGAGGUGAAGGGUUUCCUCAGGGUGGCAGUGCAGGCCAUCUCAGGCGCUCUGUGUUUUCCUCCAGCCGAUGAGGAGGCUCCAGACUAUGGCUCCGGAGUCAGGCAGUCAGGUACUGCCAAGAUCUCCUUUGAGGACCAGCAGUUUGAGAAGUUCCAGACGGAGUCCUGUCCAACGGUCAGUCUGACCCGGACGGGUGUGUCCCAGGAGGAGUUGCGUAUUGUAGAAGGGGAGGGACAAAACUCAGAGAUGGGCCCUUCAGCAGAUGAGGUCAACAAUAACACCUGUGCAGCCAAUCCAGAUGAGAUAGAGAGCCCUCUGAAGGCAGGCCUUGAGGGGCCUUUGGAAGGGGCGAUGGAGCACCUGAGGAUUGGAAAUGUCUUCACCUUCAGGGUCACAGUGCUUCAGGCCUCCAGCAUCUCCGCAGAGUAUGCAGACAUCUUCUGCCAGUUCAACUUUAUCCACCGGCAUGAUGAGGCCUUCUCCACUGAACCUCUGAAGAAUACGGGUCGUGGGCCCCCACUAGGAUUUUACCAUGUGCAGAAUAUUGCUGUAGAGGUAACCAAGUCAUUUGUGGAGUAUAUAAAGACACAGCCCAUUGUGUUUGAGGUGUUUGGGCACUACCAGAAACAGCCCUUCCCACCACUCUGCAAGGACCUCAUCAGUCCUCUACGCCCAAGCAGAAGACAAUUUCCACGAGUGAUGCCUCUCUCAAAACCAGUCCCUGCCACCAAACUGACAGCGCUGACCCGCCCCACUGCUGGGCCUUGCCACUGUAAAUACGAUCUCAUGGUGUUGUUCGAGAUCUGUGAGCUGGAGGCCAACGGAGACUACAUCCCAGCGGUGGUGGAUCACAGAGGAGGAAUGCCCUGCCAUGGAACCUUCCUGCUCCACCAGGGCAUCCAGAGGAGAGUCACAGUGACAAUCGUACAUGAGACAGGAGGUGAUAUUGAAUGGAAGGAGGUCCGUGAGCUGGUUGUGGGGCGUAUCCGCAACACACCAGAGACGGACGACGCCAUCAUUGACCCCAACAUUCUGUCACUCAAUAUCCUGUCUGAAGGAUAUAUCCGACCCACGCAAGAUGACAGACAGUUUCUUGAUUCGGACAUGCCUAGGACCUUCUACCGCUUCGAGGCGGCCUGGGACAGCUCCAUGCACAACUCUCUGCUGCUUAACCGCGUCACCCCUUAUGGGGAGAAGAUCUACAUGACCCUCUCGGCCUACGUGGAGAUGGAGAACUGCACUCAGCCAACUGUCAUAACCAAAGACUUCUGCAUGGUGUUCUACUCGCGAGAUGCCAAGCUUCCUGCCUCUCGCUCCAUCCGAAACCUCUUCAGCAGUGGGAGCUUAAGGGCCUCAGAGGGUAACCGGGUCACUGGUGUGUACGAGGUCAGCUUAUGUCACUUGGCCGAUGCUGGGAGCCCAGGCAUGCAACGCAGGCGCAGACGGGUGCUGGACACCUCGGUGGCGUACGUGCGCGGGGAGGAGAACCUGGCAGGCUGGAGGCCCCGCAGUGACAGCCUCAUCCUGGACCACCAGUGGGAGCUGGAGAAACUCAGCCUCCUGCAGGAGGUGGAGAAGACCCGGCACUACCUCCUCCUGAGGGAGAAGCUGGAGUCCACCCUGCUGCUGGGUCAGGAGUCGCUGCUGUCCUGCGGGAGCGAGGAGUUGUGUGACUCGCCCUUCUCCUCCUCUGAAGCCGGCCAGGGCCCCAGCCUCGGCCCUGACAUUCCCAACGAGAGGCAGAGAGAGCUGGCCGCCAAGUGUCUCCGGCUGCUCACCCACUCCUUCAAUCGAGACUACAGCCACGUGUGUGUGAGCGCCAGCGAAAGCAAGCUGUCUGAGAUGUCAGUGACACUCCUGAGGGACUCUACUUCAGGCCUGGCUCUGAGCACCAUGACUCCCUCAUCAACGUGUCCCUCGUUGUCUGAGAGUCGCUAUGGCAAAACCGAACUCAGACCUCCCACACCCCGCUCCCGCGCUGCUAGCCCUGACCCCAACGCCCUGCAGGAGGGAGAGGUAAAGAAGUCACCCACUGGACCCCCAGAGCCAAGGCCCAGGUCUCGUCUCUUCGUCCCCGACAUCCAGGAGAUCCGUGUCAGCCCAAUCGUGUCAAAGAAGGGCUAUCUGCACUUCCUGGAGCCCCACACCAAUGGCUGGGUGAAGCGAUACGUGGUGGUGCGGCGGCCGUAUGUCUACAUCUACAACACGGAGAGGGACACAGUGGAGCGUGCCAUCCUCAACCUCUCCUCCGCCCAGGUGGAGUACAGUGAGGACCAGCAGGCCAUGCUCAAGACCCCCAACACGUUUGCUGUGUGCACAGAGCAUCGUGGGAUCCUCCUCCAAGCCAUCAAUGACAAAGAGAUGCAUGACUGGCUGUAUGCUUUUAACCCUCUCCUUGCUGGAUCUAUCAGAUCGAAGCUUUCCAGAAGAAGAGCAGGGCAGAUGAGGAUUUAAACUCUCCUCUAUAGGCACACACAGAAUCUAACAACACACACAAAACCACAAACAUGUGCUCGCAUACACACAAGCAAUCAAAAAAAUGUCACACACAUACAAAAUAAGCAUACACAGACAGACAACAAAGACAACACACACACUUACACACAUGUACACAAGGAAGAUAAAGACUAACCUUGUAAAUAGACCACUUGACAGAGCCCUUCCCUGUUCUCCUUAACUGUGCCCUGUCUACUCUGUCCUCUCACCCAGUAACUACCAGUGUCUGCACAUGCUUAGUUAAGCACUAUUUGACCAUCAGUGUACUGAAGGACCCUCGCUGUGACAUGUCUACGGGUUCUGGAAUGUUCUGUUUAAAAUCUCCCAUAAUCGGGGAACAAUGUAAACUCAUAGAAAAAGAAGAAAAAAAUAACUAAUGGUGUGUGGGUGAAGAAUCGGUUUCUUGAUGUUUUUACUGAAUAGUAGGUGUUCUUGAGUUCUUUACCAUUUGAUCUCUUCGGACAAAAAGAGAGCGGUGUUGACCAGAUUGUCGAGAGACAGGGCUUUUUUGCAAUGUAUUUAGAUUUGUAACAUCAGGAAGGUGAUAUCCCACCCCACCCUAUGAUUGUACCUCAGUGUAUGAAAGAUAUGACAAAAACUGCAGAUAAAUGGCCUUACUUGUGUUGCUUGUCCUCUAACAGGUAUACAAUAUUACAGCAGGUCAGUAUUCAAACCAGAAAACGUAAUCAUUUUCCAGAAUCUUCUUGGCUUCUGCUGAUAGAUCAGAUCAGUGAUGACUGAUAAGUCUUUUGCAAAAAUGUAAUCUCUGAACGCUUUCUCGACAAUGCUUCUGGGCAGAUUAGACCCACCAUCAAUACAUCCACUGCUCUCCAUAGAAAAGGUCUUCAUGUGCUUUAAGAUUUCAACAUUUGUGAAAGAAAAAAGAAACUAAUACAGAAGAGUUUGGCAGUUAGAAAAAAAAAUGACAAAUGAUUCAUAUGCCUUUAGAAACAUGAAGCAUUGACUUCCCAAUCUAUAGGACGGUUCCAGUGAUGUGCAUAAAGAUCUGCUUUGCCCCAAAUGAUGGCCCUUAUGGCAGAAGAGUGACAUUUAGGUAACUCAUCUUUGUUCAACCAGGAGUAAACCAAGCUUUUCCUGAUGCCCUGUUAUAAUUUAAAGAAGGCUGUUAGGUAGAUUUUACUAAGGUUGAAUGAUCAGCUAAUGAAGACACUAUCCCACUAAUAUGCUGGGGAAAAAACUAUUUCAGUUCCCCCUGAAGAAAUAUCUUUUGUUCGAUUAAAACAAAUCUUUAUUAGAAUUUUUUAUCUAUGUAGGUAUUUAUUUUCUGUAACAUCGUAUGUAUUUAUUUCAGCGUGUAUUUAUUGACAAAGAACAAAAUAAUUAUAUUUUUAAAGAAGUACAGUGCAAUUUUUGCAUAUGGCACUUUUUAAUCAUGAGUUUCCCUAAUCCAUUUUACUCACUAACGACUUACUUGCCUUGACCCUUCUUCAAAUCAGAGGAAAACAUGUGGUUUGCCUAGGCUGUUGAUUAGGAGCUGCAACAGUAGAUAGACUGCUUGAUUACUUGAAAUUCAGUACAUUUAGUUACAGGGCAGAACUUACUAGCACAUAUGCACACACACAUACACCAACACACACAUAAUACGCACACACACACACGUACACACAAUGAAAUAAAAGAUAGACUCUAGAGAUUAGACAAGUAGGUCCAGAUGUAGAUACCCCAGAAUAGUUU